AUGACACCUUUUGAAGCCUUGUAUGGUCGAAGGUGCAGGACACCUUUGUGUUGGCAUGAAUAUGGUGAGAGUGUAGUGCUUAGACCUAAGAUUGUCCAACAGACUAUUGAGAAGGUGAAGCUUAUUCGGGAGAAGACGAAAGCUUCACAGAGUAGGAAGAAUAACUACCAUGAUAAGAGGAGAAAGGAUCUUGAGUUUCAAGAGGGAGGCCAUAUAUUCUUGAGAGUCACUCCGGUGGCUGGUGUAGGACGUGCUUUGAAGUCGAGGAAGCUUACUCCUCGGUUUAUUGGUUUGUAUCAGAUAUCCAGGCGAGUUGUACUUGUUGCAUAUAGAGUGGCGUUUCCACCAAAUUUGUCAAAUCUACAUGAUGGGUUCCAUGUUUCACAACUUCAGAAGUAUGUUCCCGAUCUGUCACAUAUGAUUCCGAUGGAUGAUGUUCAGGUAAGGGAUAACCUUACAGUUGAGGCUCUGCCUAUAAGGAUUGAUGAUCAAGAACUGAAACAAUUGAUAGGCAAAGUGACUGCUCUCAUGAAGGUAGUGUGUGGAGGCGCUGCCGGAGGAAAUAUGACUUGGGAGUUAGAAAACAGGAUGCGAGAAUCGUAUCAAGAGUUGUUCGUCUCAAGUAAUUUUCGAUGGCGAAAAUAUUCUAAGUAG